CUCGCGAGGCGUGGCUGAGAUCACGUUCGAGACGACGCGGAAGAGGCUGGGGAGAGAACCCGGAAGUGGGCGAGGAGGGAGCCCGGAAGUUUUGGUCGGCAGAGUAGAUAGAGGACUCAAGUCAGAAUGGAUGAUACACUCUUCCAGUUAAAGUUUACAGCCAAGCAGCUGGAGAAGCUUGCCAAGAAGGCAGAAAAGGACUCCAAAACCGAGCAAGCCAAAGUCAAGAAGGCCCUUCAACAGAAGAAUGUGGAAUGUGCCCGUGUCUAUGCAGAGAAUGCCAUUCGGAAGAAGAACGAAGGCUUGAACUGGCUUCGUAUGGCUUCCCGAGUGGAUGCGGUGGCCUCUAAGGUCCAGACGGCAGUGACUAUGAAGGGGGUGACUAAGAACAUGGCCCAGGUGACGAAGGCCUUGGACAAAGCACUCAGCUCUAUGGACUUGCAGAAGGUCUCCGCUGUGAUGGACAAGUUUGAGCAGCAGGUCCAGAACUUGGAUGUUCACACUUCGGUGAUGGAAGACUCCAUGAGCUCAGCCACUACACUGACGACGCCCCAGGAGCAAGUCGACAGUCUGAUAGUACAAAUUGCUGAGGAGAACGGCCUGGAAGUCAUGGAUCAGCUGAACCAGCUGCCUGAGGGGGCCUCGGCGGUGGGAGAGAGCUCUGUGCGUUCCCAGGAGGACCAGCUAUCACGAAGGUUGGCUGCCCUGCGGAAUUAACCCUCUCUACUCCCCCUAAUGGACUGUUGCUUCUGCCUUGUUCAACUAUGAUUUGUGGACUUCCUGUGGGAGGCCCCUGGCCACCCUGUCCUACAGUGACCAGAAGGAAGACUGGUCCCUUGACUCCUCCAGGCCUGCUAUGGACUUUAAAUCCUUUCAUGGUGAUGGCAAUUUCCUCUCUAAAGACAGUGACAGCAGCAAGCACCUGUGCAUGAACUUGCCUAGGCUUGGCUGGAAUGGCGUGAUUGGGAGGCAAAUUUAUUGGAAUGGUUCUCCUCCCCACCCCCAAAAAACCCCAACUUCUUUUUUCAGCCCACACUUCCCAUCAUCCUCUUGUGCCUAAAAGUCACUGGAUGAAAGGAACAGUAGCAUACAGCUCUUAGAAAUGAUUCAGGCCAAGCCCUUGCAAGACUUAAAACCUUUAUAUCUGGAACCUGUGUCUGGUGUGUGGAGGCAAGUGUGCUGUUUGUUUCUCCUAAUAUCAAUCACUUGCUUGGCUUAGGGCAGCCUCCCUGUCCUGGUGCCCUCCAGAUCUUUGCACUACAACUCCCAUAAACCCCAGCUUCUACAGCUGAUGGGAGUUGUGGUCAAAAGCAUCUGGAGAGCACUAGGUCAGGGAAGGCUGUUUUAGGGGAUGAAUUGUGGAAAUCCGACUAUUGAAAUUGUGCUACAAAGUGAGUCUGUUGAUAGAAUGGAUGUGCACCUUUCUCCCCUCCCCUGCCUGUCUGUUUACACACCAUUUUGGAUUUACACACCAUUAAGUGACCUUUGAAACUAAUGUUCCUUUAUUCUCUCCCUCCAUUACACACACACACAUGCACACACAGAGAUAGAUUCAUUUGCUGAUGCUACACCCUCUUUGAUUCUUCUGCUGACCCUCCUAAGAACUCUUUGCUCAUGUUCUGAAUUUCAGUUCACCCUUGUCCAGCAUGUACCUUUCCUCAAACUUCUGGAAGGGGAACCCUCAUGUACAGAGAUGCUUGGGUCUUUCCCCCUGAUUUGUCAUAUUGGAGAAGUUUGUUUCUUGGUUCCAGAGCAGCUCUUCCCCCUGUGCUCUCACUCCCCCCCCCCCCUUUCAACAAGACUUGGGACCUCCUAAUACUCUGGGUGGAAACGGUGGGGCUUAACAGGAUUAGGUUCUCGUCUUCAAAGGCGUUGCUUUGACUUUUCUGCCAGAGCCAAUGUCAAGAGAGCAAGAACCACUUUGGUCUUAGAGCUCACCUCUCAUGUAAGAAACCACGCUGUUCCACUUUGCUGCUGGUAUUUAAAAUGUGGUCUCUCUCCUCCCACCAUUCUGUCUCUGAAGGGCCUGGCCUUUAUGCUUGUGCUGUUCCUGUUCUUCUAAGCCGCACUUUGUGGGGUGGGGUGUGGGAACAGAGGGCGUGUUUUCAUUGUGAAAGGCUUGUUGGAAAGGGGUUAUGGAGUGCCACAUCCUCCCGGCUCUUUCUUGGGAAAAACACUGCUCUGUUUUGCCUUCCUCCACCUCUGGUUAAAAAAAAAUUAAAGCGAAUGCUGUUGUUUCUUUAA